AUGGCAGCAUCGGUGAAAAACGUCGUCCUAAUCGGUAGUCAGGCCAGCGGUAAUCUGGGGGUUACCGUACAGGACUACCUCCUUGCCCAGCAAAACUCGCCACUUCGCAUCUCCAUCCUGACGCGGAAGAACUCCGACGCCGAGUUCCCUGCCGCCUUCAAUGUGAUACGUACAGACUACAGUCCUCCGUCCCUGGAGCAAAGCUUUAAGGGGCAAGAUGUGGUCGUCAAUUUACUACCCCCCGAAUCCACGGUAUCCCACGAGAACGUCAUCGAUGCGGCCGUAAAGGCAGGUGUGAAGCGCUUUUUCCCUUCCGAGUACGGUGUCAGAUCAUCCCACCCGGCUUUCGCCGAGGGGCCAGUCAUCACCAAGAAGAAGCGACUCAUCGUUAAACAUUUAGAGAAGACACAGGACCGGAUGAGCUGGACAGGUCUGCUGUGCAACCCUUGGAUCGACUUUUGUGUUAUCGAUGGACUUUUGGGCUACGAUCUGAAGAACCGGGAAGCGCGCAUUUACAACGGUGGUGACGUGCCUUUCUCCACCGGCCCCCGCGAACUAGUAGGACAGGCUCUCUACUCUCUUCUCACCAAUCCAGAGCAGUUUGAAGGAGCGAAGAACCGCUACGUACACUUGGCGUCUUACACCGUCACACAGAAUCAGGUGCUCGCAGUCGUGGAAAAGUUGACGGGAGAGAAAUUCAAGGUCCAUCAUCUCACAUCAGAGGAGGUCCUCCCACAAGCAUUAGAGGAGGUGAAGAAGGGUAAGAAUUGGGGCCUGGCUUUCCACGUACAGUCAAUUCUCUUUGGCCCAGACGCCAACGGCGAGUUCCCUGGCGAUUUUCGGCCGUUGGGAAUAUGGAAUGAAAAGCUGAAUCUGCCACCACGGGACUUGGAACAAGAUCUGAAGGCUCCGCUAUCUGGGAACUGGAAAGGUAUCAUUCACUGGCAGCCAAUGGAGAUUCCGAACUAUAAUCUGCCUAGUAUUUAA